CCGCGGAGUCUUCGCCCGUUCCCCGGGCUCUGGCCUGGCAGGAUGGCCGAGGAAAGGGCCGUGGCGGUGUGUGUGCGGGUCCGGCCGCUCAACAGCAGAGAAGAAGCUCUUGGAGAAGAUACUCAAGCUUACUGGAAAACUGACAAUAAUGCUAUUUAUCAAGUUGAUGGGAGUAAAUCCUUCAGUUUUGAUCGUGUCUUUCAUAGUAAUGAAACUACUAAAAAUGUGUAUGAAGAAAUAGCAGUACCAAUCAUAGAUUCUGCCAUACAAGGCUACAAUGGUACUAUUUUUGCCUAUGGGCAGACUGCUUCAGGAAAAACAUACACUAUGAUGGGUUCAGAAGAUUAUUUGGGAGUUAUACCCAGAGCAAUUCAUGACAUUUUCCAGAAAAUUAAGAAGUUUCCUGAUAGGGAAUUUCUCUUACGUGUGUCUUACAUGGAAAUAUACAAUGAAACCAUUACAGACUUACUCUGUGACACUCAAAAAAUGAAGCCUUUAAUAAUUCGGGAAGACUUCAAUAGGAAUGUGUAUGUGGCUGAUCUCACAGAAGAAGUUGUUUAUACAUCCGAAAUGGUUUUGAAGUGGAUCACAAAGGGAGAAAAGAACAGACAUUAUGGAAUUACAAAAAUGAAUCAAAGAAGCAGUCGUUCUCAUACCAUUUUUAGGAUGAUUUUGGAAAGUAGAGAGAAAGGUGAACCUUCUAAUUGUGAAGGAUCUGUCAAGGUGUCCCAUUUGAAUUUGGUUGAUCUUGCAGGCAGUGAAAGAGCUGCUCAAACUGGCACUGAAGGUAUGCGGCUUAAAGAAGGCUGUAAUAUAAAUCGAAGCUUAUUUAUAUUGGGACAAGUGAUCAAGAAACUUAGUGAUGGACAAGUUGGUGGUUUCAUAAAUUAUCGAGAUAGCAAAUUAACACGAAUUCUUCAGAAUUCAUUGGGAGGAAAUGCAAAAACCCGUAUUAUCUGCACAAUUACUCCAGUGUCUUUUGAUGAAACUCUUACUACUCUGCAGUUUGCCAGCACUGCUAAAUAUAUGAAGAAUACUCCUUAUGUUAAUGAGGUAUCAAGUGAUGAAGCUCUCCUGAAAAGGUAUAGGAAAGAAAUAACGGAUCUUAAAAAACAAUUAGAGGAGGUUUCUUUAGAGACUCGGGCCCAGGCAAUGGAAAAAGACCAAUUGGCCCAACUUUUGGAAGAAAAAGAUUUGCUUCAAAAAGUACAGAUUGAGAAAAUUCAAAACUUGACACGAAUGCUGGUGACGUCUUCUUCCCUCACAUCACAACAGGAAUUAAAGGCCAAAAGAAAACGAAGAGUCACUUGGUGCCCUGGCAAAAUUAACAAAAUGAAAACCUCAAACUAUGUAAAUGAAUUUGAUGUGCCCUCGAAUAUAACAACAAAAAUGCAUAAGACAGUAGGAGAAAUUGAUGAAUCUCUCUGUUCAGAGUCUGAUGUUUUCAGUAAUACUCUUGAUACGUUAACUGAGAUAGAGUGGAAUCCAGCAACAAAGCUACUAAGUCAGGAAAAUUUAGAAAGUGAGUUGAAUGCACUUCGUGCUAACUAUGAUAAUCUGGUAUUAGACUAUGAACAACUAAGAAGAGAAAAUGCAGAAAUGGAAUUGAAAUUAAAAGAAAAGAAUGAUUUGGAUGAAUUUGAGGCUCUAGAAAGAAAAACAGAAAAAGAUCAAGAGAUGCAACUAAUACAUGAAAUUUCCAACUUAAAGAAUUUAGUUAAGCAUGCAGAAGUGUAUAAUCAAGAUCUUGAGAAUGAAUUAAGUUCAAAAGUAGAGUUGCUUAACAAAAAGGAAGACCAGAUUAAGAAGCUACAGAAACACCUAGACUCUCAGAAGUCAGAAAAUAUGAAAGUGGACUUGUGCUCAUUGGAAAACACUGAAGACUUCAAACAAAUAAAACAGACUCUGCUUGAUACUGAAACUGUAAUUCUUGAUGCCAAGAAAGAAUCAGCCUUUCUUAGAAGUGAAAAUCAGGAGCUGAAAGAGAAAAUGGAAGAACUUGCAAGUACAUGCAAGCAAAUGAAAAAUGAUAUUCAGUUAUAUCAAAACCAGUUGGAGACCAAAAAAAAAAUGCAAGUUGAUCUGGAGAAAGAAUUACAAUCCUCUUUUAAUGAAAUAACAAAACUCACCUCUCUUAUAGAUGGCAAAGUUCCAAAAGAUUUUCUCUGUAAUUUGGAAUUGGAAAGAAAGAUUACUGAUCUCCAGAAAGAGCUGAAUAAAGAAGUCGAAGAAAAUGAAGCUUUACGUAAAGAAGUUAAUUUGCUCUCAGAAUUGAAAUGUUUACCCUUAGAAGUAGAAAUGCUGAGGAAAGAGAUACAUGAUAAAUCUGAAGAGCUCUGUAUAAUAACAUCAGAAAAAGAUCAAUUAUUUUCUGAAGUAGUUCAUAAGAAGAAUAGAAUUCAAGAUUUACUUGAAGAAAUUGGGAAAACUAAAAACGAACUAGCAACUAUGCAUUUGAAUUAUGAAAGUGCUAAUCAAGAAAUCCAAGAUUUUAAAAAUCAACAUACUGAAUUUGAGCAGAAGUAUAAGAUGGCCCUUGAGGAGAAUGCAAGAAUGAACCAGGAAAUAGGAAAUCUCUCUAAAGCUCAAAAACUUGGUUUAAGCUUGGAUGCUUUGCACACAGAGCUUUCUCACAAAACCGAAGAACUUAAGCAGAAAACAACUGAGAGUCAAGAAAGAUUAAAUGAAGUGGAAGAGCUGAAGGAACAAUUAGAAAGUAGAGAUUCUAGGCUACAAACCAUAGAAAGGGAGAAAACAGUGAUUACUGCGAAACUUCAACAAACCUUAGUUGAAGUAAGAACCUUAACCCAAGAAAAAGGUGACCUAACACAACUCCAGGAGAACCUACAAACCGAGAGGGACCAACUCAGAAGGGACAUUCAGGACACUGUAAAUAUGAACAUAGAUACCCAAGAACAAUUACGAACUGCUCUUGAGUCUUUGAAACAAUACCAAGAAACAAUUGACACACUAAAAAUGAAAAUUUCUGAGGAAAGUUCCAUGAAUUUGCAUACAGAGGAAACCUUAGGAGAAAAUAAGGAUGAAUUUCAGGAAAAGAUGGUUGACGUAGAUAAAAAACAGAAUUUGGAAGCCAAAAGAACCCAAUUGUUGAUUGCAAAUGUUGAGGAUAAUGAACUAGUUGAGGAACAGAAGAAGAUAAUUUCUUUAAUACAGGAGAAAAAUGAACUGCAAGAAAUGCUAGAGACUGUCACAGCAGAAAAGGAGCAACUAAAGACUGACCUAAUGGAAAACAUUGAAAUGACCAUUGAAAACCAGGAAGAAUUAAGAAUUCUUGGUGAUGAACUUAAAAAGCAGCAAGAGAUAGUUGCCCAAGGAAAGAACCUUACCAGAAAAAAAGAGGAGGAGCUUUCUAGGACCUGUGAGAAACUGGCAGAAGUUGAAGAAAAGCUAAAGGAAAAGAGCCAACAACUCCAAGAGAAAGAGCUACAACUUCUUAGUGUACAUGAAGAGAUGAGUGAGAUGCAGAAAAAGAUGAAUGAAAUGGAGAAUUUAAAGAAUGAAUUGAGAAACCAAGAAUUAACAUUGGAACAAAUAGAAAUGGAGAGGCUAGAUUUGGCCCAGAAACUUCAUGAAAAUUAUGAGGAAAUGAAAUCCAUAACCAAAGAAAGAAAUGACCUAAAAGAAUUACAGGGGUCAUUUGAAAUAGAGAUAAAUAAACUUAAAAGAUACAUAAGAGAAAUUGAAGUUACAGGUCUAGAAACAAAAAAAGAGCUAAAAAUUGCUCACUUGCAUCUAAAAGAACACCAAGAAAUUAUUGAUGAACUAAAAAAAGACAUUUCUGAGAAGACAGCUCAAAUAAUAAAUAUUCAGAAGGACUUAGAAAAACCCAAUAUUGAGAUACAGGAAAAGAUCCCAGUGCUUCAUGAGGGACAGGAGCCACUUGUUAAUGUAACAGAAGUCAGCGAUACUCAGGAAACACUGUGUGAACCGGAGCUAUUAGAAAAACAAUCCAAAACCAAGGAAUCAGCAUCAGCAAACAUAGAAACAGAGAGGCUCAGGCUGACUGAAAACCUUCAGGAAAGUCGUGGAGAAAUGAAAUCUCUAGCUAAGGAAGGAGACAACCAUAAAGUGAUAAAAGGAGCACUUCAAGUUGAAUGUGACCUGCUGAAAGAAGACAUUAAAGAAACUUCGGAUAAAAUCCAAGAGGCUGAAAACAAGCAAGAACAGUCAUUCAGUAUGAAAGAAAAAGACAAAGAGACUGAGAAAAUAAUGAGUGAGGGGGCACAAUUGAAGGGGCAGCUCAAAGCCCAAGAGGCAUCUCUGCUAGGACUGGGGAUGGAGGAGCUCAAGCUGUCUGGAAGGCUUCAGGAAAGUCAUGGUGAAGUGGAGUUUGCAGCUGAAGAGGGAGAUGGCCUACGGAGGCUACAUGUUCUUCAGUCUGGGAGCAACCAACUCCAAGAAGGCACGUCAGGAAUCACAGCUAACCACCUAGAAACUGAAGAGGAACUUAAAGUUGCUUGCUGUCAAGAAGAACAAGAAGAAACUAUUCGUAAGCUGAGAGUGAACCUUUCAGAGAGGCAAGCUGAACUACCAGGCUUUCAAAAGGAACUAGAAAUAACCAAUGAUGAAUUACAGAAUAAGGACCUGGAAAAACAACAGGAACUAAAAAUUGCUCACAUACAUCUGAAAGAACACCAAGAAACUAUUGAUAAACUCAGAGAAAUUGUUUCAGAGAAAACAGAUGAAAUAUCAAAUAUGCAAACAGAUUUAGGAAACACAAAUACUGCCUUAAAAGCACAGAUCCAAGAACUUAAGGAGAAAGAACAUCAACUUCUUAAGGUAAAAAAUGAUCUCAGGGAAAAUAUGUAUCAAACAGAGCAACUGAAGAAGCAAUUACAGGCCCAGAAUUCAAUCCUGGAAACUGUAGAAACAGAGAAGUUAAGAUUGGCUCAGAAACUUCAUGAAAAUCUUGAAGAAAUAAAAUUUGUUACUGAGGAAAGAGAUGGCCUAAGAAGAAUGGAGGAAACCAUCAAAAUGGAGCAAGACCAGCUGAAAGAAUGCCUCAGAGAAACCAAAGCUAAAGAUCUGGAAAAACAAGAGAAUCUAAGAAUUGCACACUUACAUCUAAAAGAGCACCAGGAAAUUAUCGAUAAACUCAAAGAAAUUAUUUCUGAGAAGAAAGAUGAAAUAGCAAAUAUGCAAAUGGAUUUAGAAAAUUCAAAUGCUAAAUUACAAGAAAAGAUCCAAGAACUUAAGGCAAGUGAGCAUCAAGUUUUCAAGUUAAAAGAGGAUGUUGGUGAGGCACAGAAAAAAAUGUCUGAAGUAGAGCGAUUGAAGAAACAACUGAAGGCCCAAAGUUUAACUCUGGAUAAAAUAGAAAUGGAGAACUUAAAUUUGGCUCAGAAACUUCAUGAAAACCUUGAAGAAUUGAAAUCUGUAAUGGAAGAGAGAGAUAAUCUCAGAAGAGUAGAAGAGACUCUCAGGCUGGAGAGAGACCGACUCAAGGCAAACCUGCAAGCAGCCGUAGCCAGGGAUCUGGAAACACAACAGGAACUAAAAAUUGCUCAUGUGCAUUUGAAAGAACACCAAGAAACUAUUGAUAGAUUCAGAGAGAAGGUUUCACAAAAGACAACUGAGAUUUCAAAUAUUCAAAAGGAUUUAAAUAAAUCAAAAGAUGAAUUACAGGAAAAGAUCCAAGAACUUCAGAAAAAAGAGCUUCAACUUCUUAAAAUGAAAGAAGAUGUCAAUAAAAGUCAUAAAAAAAUGCAUGACAUGGAACAAUUGAAGCAGCAAUUUGAGGCCCAAAAUUUAUCUAUGCAAAGUGCGGAAGUGGAGAACUUUUACUUGACUAAGAAACUUCAUGAUAGCCUUGAAGAAAUAAGAAUUUUAGCAAAAGAAAGUGAUGAGCUAAGGAGGAUAAAAGAGUCUCUCAAAAUGGAAAGAGACCAAUUCAGAGAAACCUUAAGAGAAAUGAUAGCUAGAGACCAACAGAGCCACAAAGAGGUAACAAAAUAUAAAAAAAAAUUACUAUGUGAUGAAAAACACCACCUUCAAGAAAGCCUUAGAGAAAAGUGCUUUAGGAUACAAGAGCUGCUGAAGAGAUACGCAGAGAUGGAUAAUAGUUACGAAUGCUUAAAUAAACUAUCCUUUGACUUGGAGAAGGAAAUUGAAACCCAAAAAGAGCUUUCAAUUAGAAUAAAAACAAACCUUUCACUUCCAUAUCCACAAGCCAAACAGAUUCAAAAACUUCUCAGUGCAAACCAAAGAUGUUCCAUGGAAUUCCACAGAGUCAUGCAGAAACUUAAGUAUGUGUUAAACCAUGUUACAAAGAUAAAGGAAGAACAACAUGGAUCCAUCAAUAAAUUUGAAAUGGUUUUUGUUGACGAAGUGGAAAAGCAAAAUGAACUGCUAAUAAAAAUACAACACCUUCAACAAGAUUGUGAUGUACCAUCCAGCGAAUUAAGGGACCUCAAACUAAGCCAACGUAUGGAUCUACAUAUUGCGGAAAUUCUCAAAGAUUUUUCAGAAAGUGACUUCCGCAGCAUAAAGAAUGAAUUUCAAGAAGUACUGAGUAAUAGGAAAGAAAUGACCCAGUUUUUGGAAGAGUGGUUAAAUACUCACUUUGAUACAGAAAAGCUUAAAAAUGGCGUCCAGAAAGAAAACGAUAGGAUUUGUCAAGUGAAUAACUUCUAUAACAACAAAAUAAUCGCUAUAAUGAAUGAAUCGACAGAGUUUGAGGAAAGAAAUGCUACCACAGCCAAAGAAUGGGAACAUGACCUAAAAUCAGUAAAAGAGAAAAAUGAAAACCUAUUUAAAAACUACCAAAUGUUGAAGAUCCCCCCAACAUCUGAUGUCCUUGUGAAUCCUACUACACCAGAUAAUAAGAAUCUUCAUGUUACAUCAAGAGCUACACAAUUGACCACAGAGAGAAUUCAAGAGCUUGAAACUUUACUACAGGAAGCUAAAGAAAGUGCUGUGCAUAAGGAAGGCAAGAUUAAAAAGAUGCACAAAGAACUUGAGAUGACUAAUGAUAUAAUAGCAAAACUUCAAGCACAAGUCAAUGAAUCAAAUAAAUGCCUUGAGGAAACAAAAGAAACCAUCCAAAUACUUCAGAACAAAGCUGCUUUAGGAGCUAAGCCUUAUAAAGAAGAAAUUGAAGAUCUCAAAAUGAAGCUGGUGAAAGUAGACCUAGAGAAGAUUAAAAAUGCCAAGGAGUUUGAGAAGGAAAUUACUUCUACAAAAGCCACUGUAGAAAAUCAAAAAGAAGUUAUAAGGUUAUUGAGAGAAAAUCUUAGGAGAAGUCAGCAGGCCCAAGAUACCUCAAUGGUAUCACAACAUACUGAUUCUCAGCCUUCACAUAAACCCUUAACCUGUGGGGGUGGCAGCGGCAUUGUACAAAGCACAAAAGCUCUUAUUUUGAAAAGUGAAUAUAUACGGCUAGAAAAGGAAAUUUCUAAGUUAAAGCAGCAAAAUGAACAGCUAAUAAAGGAAAAGAAUGAUCUAUUAAGCAAUAAUCAUCAUCUUUCCAAUGAGGUCCAAAUGUGGAAGGAGAGAACCCUUAAAAGAGAGGCUUACAAAGAAGUAACUUCUGAGAAUUCUCCAAAGUCUCCUAAAGUGACUGGAACAGCUUCUAAAAAGAGACAAUAUGAGUCUUCUCAAUGCAAAGAAUGGAAUUUACAAGACCCUGUACCAAAGGAGUCACCAAAAUCUUGGUUUUUUGAUAGCCGAUCAAAGUCCUUACCAGCGCCUCAUCCAGUUCGCUAUUUUGAUAACUCAGGUUUAGGCCUUUGCCCAGAAGAACAAACUGCUGGAGCAGAGAGUGUGGCUGCUCAGCCCAGUCCUUGGUAUACCUCCUCCACAAAAGAUGUGCCUGAAUGCAAGACUCAGUAGACUUCUCUUCUAUUGUUCUUCCUGGGGCCCAGCAUUCCUUGUUUGGAAAUUUACCGUGUUGAUUACUCUGUGUGUGUCUAUCCCUGGCAAUGAUGUCACAGCCCAACUUAAUUUCAGUUCAGUUUUCACUUUGCCACUAGAAUUGGAAGAUGAAGGAAAAAGAGAUUAAUACAUUCCAGUAACUUAGAGUGGUGAUAGCAACACCUUAUUCAUGAAUGCAUUAAUACCUUAGAAGUUGAAUUAUUUUAUUUAUUUAUACAUUUUAUAAAAAAUUAAAAGUUAUUGAAGGAAAUUCCAGUCUUUCCAUGUAUACAUAAAAUGUAUACAUUAGUGUUAAUGUAAAGUUAUUCACAUAUCUAACUUAGAUAAUUCCAAAGCAUAAUACAUAAAUUAAUAUAAACUAUCAUUUAAUUAAUGAAAUUAUACAAUAUUUAGUACCUCAAACAUUCAAUAAAUGUUUAAAUAGUAGUUGUGAAUCACAACUCUGUGCAUCUUAGUUAUGGUUUCUUGGUGGGGUGCUCGGAGUAUAUUUGGCUCUCCUCUCAUGUUUGUUGGCUUUCAGAAUUUGCUAUGAAAAUAUACACAUUUUCUGGAUUUAUGUUGAGAGAGAGCAAGUGCUGUGACCACUUUGCUUCCUAGUCUUAAUAACUACAAAAGUUACUUCUCACGUUUCUGUCAUCCACCCACCCCACUCCCUAUACAAGCACUGUAAGUUGGUUGGUUUAGACUUUUUCCUCCAUUGCACUUCACUCCCAGCUGGAAGGACCUCAUAGAUUAUUUAUUUAUUCUAUCCUUUAUUUUAAACAUGAGGAAACAGCCAAGAGUUCCUAUGAAAGUGAAGUUUUCUAAACCUGGGGUUCCUGCAGAUAACUAGGCAUCUAUGGAUGGGCUUCAUGUAUUCUGUGAAACCUCUGAAAUUUUAUGCUAAAUUUUGUGUGCAGGUUCAUUUUUCCAGGAUACUUGGGUCCAUGCUUGCUUGCAUCAUAUUUUCAGAGGAAUCUGUGGCCCUAGAAGAGGUUAAGAACAGUGGUGUAGAGACUAUCCAGUAUUACUGUUAUAUUAUAUCUCUUGAAAAAGCACAUAAAAGAGCAAGUUGCAUAAGGUUUACAACAGUGUUAGAUUUCCAGGCAUUCCCUGGUAAGAAGAUUCGUUCAAAGGCACAGAUUAUUAUUUGCAUCAUAGCUAUCAUUUUGAAGUCUGUGGAUUGGGUAUUUUCUCUUACCUUAAUAUACUGUCACAGGAACUCACUAGAGCUAAGGGGAAAGUGGCCCUUACUAUAAUCCUCUCCUCCAAGCCUGUCCCUUGAGAGUCAUUUCUCCUUUCCACCCUUACCCAAACGAAACACUGUAACAGAGCCGCAGGUUUGAUUCUUUACAAUGUCAGCUCCUCCACUGAAUAAAACUAAUGGAAGGUAGUGAGUUCACCUGGAUGAUAAAACUAAGGCCAUUAAAAAUAUAAUCAGUCUGCAAUGUAUAUCCAAUCCAGUAGAAUGUUGCUUAAAUACUGAAUUUGGAGGUCCAUUUCCUUCCUCAGAUUUGGGAAGUUUAUUUCUUCAAAUAAAAUGUCCCUUUCUCUCUUCUUCUGGGAGUCCCAUGGUGCAUAUAUUUGUCCACUUGCUGAUGUUCCAUAAGGAGGCUUGCUUCACUUUUUGUAUCCUUUUUUCUUUUUGCUUGUCUAACUGGAUAAUUUCAAAUGACCCUUCGUC